AUGUCAAAACUCAUUACUCUUGGAGCAGUGCUUCUAUCGGUAACGACUGGCGAAGUCAACUUUGCGAAGACCUAUAUAUGGGAAAGUCAAGAAGGACCAUUGAAGCGUGUACUUGCGGAAAACCCUCUUUACGAGGACGAAGACGAAGAGGCAGAAUAUGGAGAGGAGGAAGACGAGUACCUCUGGGAAAAUGACGAAAAAAUACGAAAAAUAUUUCAAUUGUUUCACAAUUUACAACGUCCUUUCACUGACCAAUUGAAGCCUGGCGGAUUCAAUGAUGACAUGAAAGAAGCGGUAAAGGACAAAGAGGAAGCUAAAUGGAUCACAGAGAACGAAAAUUCACCGGAUGUUGUACUAGCAAGACCAGAAGUUGAAGCAGACACUCCAGCUCCCUCUCCGCUUAACUUCCGGCAUGGUUGGGCUUCAGUGGAGGAGUCUGUUAUUAGGGCUACACGCGAAGGUAAGUAA